AUGCGAUUCGUUGCACUUUUCCUAGUAUUUUCCAUUCUUGCAAUUACAGUCCGCGCCUGGAAUCGGCAAAACCAUUUUGGCAAUCCGUGCUACCUUUGCAAGUGUUUUGUCUAUUAUUCCGAUCGUGAUGUUGGUGUUCCCAUCAGACCUUAUGCCAUGGCCAUCGACGGCUAUGAUACAACAGAGGAUCGUUGUCUGGCCACAUGCCAACGGGAUCAGCGCUGCAAAGCAGCCGUUUAUGGAAUGAUUGGAGGACGUAGUGUGUUCACAUGCGAGUUCUACGAGCAGCUCGACACACGAUCAUCGCCUGUUUACGCGCCAUACGUAAAUAUGUACAUGAAGCGAGCUCAGUGUGCACUUCCGAUGGCUCAUCUAUCAUCAGUCGAGAUGAUUCCAGCCGACGAUUCUUCGAUAAAACGCCGAAUUAAACAAGAAAAGCUGAUGAAGCGAAAAAACCCGUUCCUCGGCUAA